ACCCUUUAGAUAUUGGUUCUUUCUUUCGUCAUAUUGAGCAAAGGAUGAAAAACUUAGGCCUCCCCUAUGAUCUUGCCUUUUUUACUGUUAACUGUGAUUUUUGCUUCAGAUAUCUUUCAUAUCUACUUGAUUCAGAGAAAAACAGCUUGGCUUCAAGCAACUGGGAAACUUGCCUUUGGAUACGCUAAAUACAGGAAUAGUGAAUGUAAACAUUGAUUGGAUUAUCUGUUGUCCUUCUUGCAAGCAACAAAGUGAAGUUGAUAUGAGAUCGCACCGAAGUUUCUUCUGCAGUGGGCACUUCCUCACCAAGAUAUCAAAAAAAAAACAACAACAAACAAAGGAAGAAAAGUUCACACCAACCACUAAGUUGGUGCUUGAAGAAAUUGCUGGAGGCAAUUUUUCCAUGAAAAAUGAUGCAUAUGGGAGCAGUGGAGUAAAUAGGAGCCUUGAUUUUCCAAAAGGGCUACCUGAAAAUGAAGCUACACCAGUAGAAACACUAUCCAAAGUGCGAUCCAAUAUUUCUGAGCAGUGUACCAAAAAAGGUCCAGAAGAUAGCAAUCCGCCUAAGAAUAUUGAAGAUAAGUCUAGCAAAGAAGCUUAAGGGCAAGUAGGCCUAAACUGCUUUAAUUAUGUUACUUUUAUUAAAUCUUUUGUUAGCUGCUAAAUGAUUAGGUCCAUUGCUUUGAUACUUUCUUUGAAACUGCUUCAGUCAUUGACAAAUAAGGGAUCAUGAGAUAGCUAUUAAUAGUUUAGUUUGUUAUCUUGCACCUGCAUAGAUCAUGAAACUUAAUUGCA